CUCUGCUCUGCUCUGCUUUCUCUCCGCAGAGGACGCAGCAGGCACACCAUUGUCAUGAAAUAACUGCCAUUUAGAAGAAUCAGAAUAAAGGAAAUAUAUUUGCUAUUUUUUUUAAUAAUUGUCGAUUCGGUUUGGAGGUGCAAGUAGCAGUGAGAAUGGAAGAAUGUACUACUUUACAGGAAAUGUCACACUUAAUUUUGCACAAAAUCCUAAGUGCUGAUUAUUCCAGCAUAUUCAAUGAUUUUGUUGAAUCCGAAUUUUUUCUGAUUGAUGGAGAUUCAUUACUUGUCUCAUGUGUAUCUGAGAAAUCACUAAAGCCUGGACAGCACCUCCAUUUCUUCUAUGUGGUUGAGAACUACCUCUUGGAUAUUACUAAUAAAGGAGGACAUUUUGCCAUCAUUUUUUUUAAGGAUGUUGAGUGGGCCUACUUCAGCUGCCCUCAACUUCUUUCUUUGAGAACUGCUUUAAUUCUCCAUCUUCAGAAGAACACAGCCAUUGAUGUCUGGACUAGAUUUCCUGGAUGCUUGUCAGAGGAGUGGAGAGUUUUCUUAGAAGAGAAUUGUCCGUAUUUCCUGAUAGUUGCAGAUGAAGCCCUGAACCACUUUCAAACACACCUUUUCAACUUUUUAAUCAUUCGAUCUUGGGCAGUGAAGAUAGAUGUUGUGCUUUUUUCAGGGCAAGCAUCUGACAUUCUUCGUCUUUAUGCAUACCAUAUGCCAAGCUUGUAUAGAACCCAAGAAUUUUUCAAGAAGAAUGAAAGAAAGAUUAGGAGUGUUUACGGAACCCUGCUUCAUGAAUUGGAAAAGUGUGAAGAUUUAGCAUUAGCAAAACUAUUUGGAGAUUUAAGACGCAUCAAUAUGAUGGAAAAGGCAUGUGAGACUAUAUCUCUGCUUAAGCAACUCUGGCCUGAGGGAUCUGACAUCCGACGAGUCCUUUGUGUCACUUCCUGUUCUCUGGCUUUGGAGAUGUACCACUGCUUCUUAGAAAACCGAAGGAAGACUACAUCUGGCCAGAGAGCCGAUGACCAGCAGGUGAAAGGCAAUUGCCCAACCCUGCAGGAGAUGGAAGAUUUUUGCAAGCUGCAUUGUCUCACUGUGGUAUUUCUACUCCAUUUGCCUCUUUCUCAAAGAGCUUGCUCAAGAUUCAUCACUUCCCCUUGGUCUAAGGACCUUAAUACCUUCUUUCAAAUGAAAAAUUGGUGUAACUAUUUCAUCCUAAAUAACAUACACAGUUUUGAAUCUUGGAAUCUGAAUUUUACUCAUCUUUCUGAUUUAAGUGAUGAGCCUUUGUUGAAGAAUAUUGCUUAUUACUAUGAAAAUGAGAAUGAAAAAGGCCUACAUUUAAACUUAGGAGAUGCCAUCACAAAGGAUUAUGAGCACCUCUGGAGCACCGUGUCAAAGUUAGUAAGAACAUUUGAUGUGGUAAAACCAUUUCCUUUGAGAACAACAAAACUUCAUUUUCUUAAAAAGAAUCAAUCACCAAUCAAAGAUGGCUCCCAGCAAAAGAUGCCUAAUUUGGGUUUUAUUCCAGUGUCAUCUACUGUGGUUGAUGCAUUUGCUGGAGACAUUUUGAAAGAUUUGCCUUUCUUAAAAAGAGAUGAUCCUAUUGUCACCUCACUGGUUAAACAGAGGGAAUUUGAUGAGCUUCUGCACUGGCAUUCUCAUAGGCCCCUUAGUGAUGAUUAUGAAAGGACAAAGUGCAACUUUGACUCAAAAUCAAGGGACUCUAAGGCUCUUGGGUCCUUGCAAACAUAUCAACGUUUUCAAAGGUUUUAUGGGAACUCGUUAGAAUCAGUCUCUUCAAAACUCAUCGUAACUCAAAGCACUAAGCCUAAGAAGGAUUUCCAUGAAACCAAGAGUAAAAAGACACAUGAGAGCAAGGCUGACAUAAUUACUAGAGAGAAUAAGAAAAGGUUACAUGCCAAGGAAGAACAGAAGGAAGAGGAAAAAUGGAAUGCCCUGUCAUUUGCUAUCAAAGAAGAGAUGAAAAGGAACUUAAACACUGGAGUGAAGAGCCUGGAAGUUUUUUUGAGAUCAUGUAGGAGUAACCCAGUGAAAGUUCGAGUUGAAAUUGCAGGGUUAGAGGCAUGCUUGAAGACAUGGAAGGAGCAUUUUAGGGGGGAUGGUAAAACAACAAAAGAUUUAAGUAUAGCUGUUAAAAUGAUGAAAAGGAUCCAUUCCUUGCUGGACAAGUACUCAGAACUUCUGCAAGAGGCAGAUCAGAAACUCAUAGCCCGAUGCCUUAGGUACCUAGGAUUUGAUGAGUUGGCAAAGUCUUUCUACCCAUCCCAGAAUGUAGCAGAUGACAUAAUAGAGAAGAAGCACAAAAAAUAUUCAAUUGGUAUUGGACCAGCUCGGUUUCAACUACAAUACAUGGGUCCACAUUUGAUAAGAGAAGAAAGAAAGGAUCCAGAUUCCAGGGUUGCAGAUUUUAUUCCUGACACGUGGCAGAGAGAACUCCUGGAUGUUGUGGAUAACUAUGAGUCUGCAGUGAUUGUUGCCCCAACGUCUUCAGGCAAAACCUAUGCUUCCUAUUACUGUAUGGAGAAGGUGUUGAAGGAGAGUGAUGAAGGGGUGGUUGUGUAUGUUGCCCCAACAAAGGCACUUGUUAAUCAAGUGGCAGCAACUGUUGUGCACCGUUAUGCCAAAAAUCUGCCAAAUGGUUUAACUUUGUGUGGUGUUUUUACAAGGGAGUAUCGUCACGAUGCCCUCAACUGCCAGGUACUUGUUACAGUGCCUGCCUGCUUUGAGAUUCUUCUGCUAGCCCCUCAUCGCCAAAACUGGGUGGAAAGGAUCAGAUAUGUUAUAUUUGAUGAGGUCCAUUGUCUUGGUGGAGAAAUUGGAGCAGAAAUCUGGGAACAUCUCCUUGUCAUAAUCCGAUGUCCCUUUUUGGCUCUUUCAGCUACCAUAAGUAACCCUGAACAUCUUACUCAGUGGCUCCAAUCAGUAAGGUGGUACUGGAAACAAGCAGACAGUAUUGUUGAAAAAAGUAUUGUUUCCAGAAAAAAAGCUGGCCGUUUUUGCAAAGACUACUUUCAAGCCAAACAAUCAUAUAAAGUUCGACUUGUGCUCUAUGGAGAGAGAUAUAAUGAUUUAGAAAAGUACCUAUGCUCAGUCCGACAGAAUGACAUUUGCUUUGAUCAUUUUCACCCGUGUGCUUCACUAACAACAGACCAUAUUGAAAGGUAUGGAUUUCCUUCUGAUCUUGCACUUUCACCACGAGAAAGUGUCCAACUUUAUGACACCAUGCUUCAAACUUGGGACAGUUGGCCCAAGGCCCAGAAAUUGUGUCCAGAGGAGUUUAUUCAUUUUAAGGAUAAAGUAGUCAUUAAAAAGUUGGAUGUUCGAAAAUAUGAGGAGAGCUUAAAGGCAGAGUUGACAAACUGGAUUAAAAAUGGCAAUGAGGAGAAGGCCAAAAUGGUGCUGAGGAAACUGAGUCCUCAUUCAGAUUAUCACUCAGGAAAUAUGUUGUCCUUAUUUCCACAGCUAGUUGAAAAGCUAAGGAAAAUGGAUAAGUUACCUGCACUAUUUUUUUUAUUCAAAAUACACGAUGUAGAAAAAUGUGCUAAUGAUACAUUUACUUAUCUGGAGAAAAAACAGGAGACAAAAAGACCACCCAAAGCUGAUAAAGUAGCCCAUGACAUGGAGAGCAAACUUCAAAAAGUUAAAAAAUCCUUGGAGAAACACAAGAUAAUAGAGGAAAAAGGCCAGAAAAAAAGCAGAUGCCUGGACAAAAUCUUAAUACAUGAAGCUCAGCACAGCAGUUUAGUGAGGAGCCUGGAGAAGAACAUGGAAAUCCCUAUAGAUUGCACGUAUGCUGAUCAAAAUACAAUGGACUCUGAGUCAUUGCAGAUGGUAUUUAAUCGAGUAAAAUUUCAAAGAAAAGGUGCAGAACUGCAAGCACUGGCAGAAAGGGGUAUUGGAUACCACCACAGCUCCAUGACUGCCAAAGAAAAGCAGUUGGUUGAAAUUCUCUUCAGGAAAGGAUAUAUAAGGGUGGUGACAGCUACUGGAACACUGGCUUUAGGAAUCAACAUGCCUUGUAAAUCUGUGGUAUUUGCUCAAAACUCAGUCUAUCUGGAUGCUUUAAAUUUCAGACAGAUGUCUGGUCGUGCUGGAAGACGAGGUCAAGACCUGCUGGGAGAUGUAUAUUUCUUUAACAUUCCUUUGCCCAAAAUAGGAAGACUUAUAAAAUCCAAAGUUCCUGAGCUGAGAGGACAAUUCCCCCUCAGCAUAACACUGAUCUUACGGCUCAUGCUCCUGGCUUCCAAGGCGGAUGACCCAGAGGAUGGCAAGGCCAAGGCAUUGUCAGUGCUCAAGCACUCCUUGAUGUCUUUCAAACAACCCAGAAUCCUAGAGAUGUUACAGCUUUACUUCAUGUUUUCUUUGCAGUUCCUCGUGAAAGAGGGAUAUAUUGAUCAAGAAGGUAAUCCCAUGGGAUUUGCUGGUCUGGUAUCACACCUACAUUACCAUGAACCUUCCAAUCUUGUUUUUGUCAGUUUUCUUGUAAAAGGCCUUUUCCAUAAUCUUUGUCAGCAAACUAUAAAAGGUUCAAAACGCUUUUCUGAAGAUGUAAUGGAAAAGCUAGUGUUAGUGUUGGCAAAUCUCUUUGGAAGAAGGUAUCUUCCAGCAAAGUUGCAAGAUGUUGACAUCAAAUUUCAUCAAUCAAAGGUAUUUCUUGAUGACCUCCCUGAGGACUUCAGUGCUGCCUUACAUGAAUAUAACAUACAAAUUACAGAAGACUUUGCCUCAUUUCUACAAAUUGUGUCCAAACUGGCUGAUAUGAAACAGGAAUAUCAACUCCCUUUGUCAAAAAUAAAAUUCUCUGGGAAAGAAUGUGAAGACAUCCCACUUGUGUCUCACUUGAUGAGCUGCCGGGAAGGAAGAGUGGCCAUUUCACCAUUUGUCUGUCUCUCUGGGAACUUUGAUGGUGACUUGCUUAAACCAGGAGUUUCAGAUCAUGUCAUUCUGCGUACAGUUGGUGUCAGUUUCAACCAAGCUCCUGUGCUGUGUCCAUGGAGACUGGAUAGUCUUGGGAGAAAAAUGCCACUGAAUGCAUAUGCCCUUGACUUCUACAAACAUGGAUCGCUGGUAGGAUUAGUCCAGGACAAUAGGAUACAUGGGGGGGAAGCCUAUGACUUGUUGAAAGAUUUUGGACUUACCAUUAAAUCUAUCAGUGUUUCCUUGCGUGAACUGUGUGAAAAUGAAGAGGACAAUGUAGUCUUAGCAUUUGAACAGUUGAGUGAAACUUAUUUGGAAAAGCUCAGUAAAGUCUGAAAAUGAAGACUACUCAGAGCACCCAGAGUAUUGCCAUGCAUUCAAGAGCUCCUUGUCAGGAAACCACACCUGACAAAGUGGGGAGGAGCACGCACUUUGGAGUCAAAGAGUUGUCGUCAAACCUAUUGUAUUCUGUCAUGAGUACCCCUGGACAAAUUAUUGAAUGGAUCAGGAUCUUGGCUGCUUGUUUUUUAUCUCUGAGGAGGAAUAUUUUUGUUUCUGAUUUAUUGAGGACUGACUGAGAAAAUGCAAGGAUUUUAUAUAGGACUGCCGGAAUUAUUUUUCCUCUGUGUUACCUAAACAAAUAUAUUGUAAAUUUCUAAAAUAUUUUUCCCUCAUAGUUAAGAUUUGUAAAAACAAAAUGAAGCUGGAAAAAUGAUUGUGGUAUCCUUAAGGUAAAAUAUAU